AAGCCCCAUUUUUCUCUUCUCUUUCUCUUUCUUCCUCUUCUCUCUUUAUCUUUGCGUCACUGUGAUGCCUCUUCCUCUCCUUUCUUCCUUCCUUCCUCCCGGCGACGAGGGAGCUUCGAUAAGUCUCCUGAUCUUCUCCAACAAUAACAGCGGCGAAACUUGGCGUCUUGACCAUCGAUGGCGGCACGUGAGAAAGGACCGAUAAGAGGUCGUCCGGCGACGCCGGUGGAGACAGAGGUUGUGGCUUUGCUGCAACAAUGGACGACGUCGCUGAAAACAGCGAGGGAGCCAAAAACUUCUCGAGUUUGUGACUUUGCGCGUUCCCACGAGCUCGCUUUUCAUCACAAUAUUUGUGUAAAUAUUAUUAUUGUCGCUACAUUUGUGGUAAUAUUUUUUGUUUUAAUAAUAUUCAUGUAAAUCCCUCUAGGAACAAAUCAUAGGGCUUAUUUUUGUGGGAAAGAUGAAACUGACUAUGGAUUAAGAUGGAUAAGUGUUUCACGAAGGAGAUGAGAGGGAUUGAGGUUUAAGGUGGCAAGAUAGGGUGGAAAGAAGAAUAAGGAAGGAAAUGGUUUAAUCCUUUCUCAUUGAAUUUUUUGUCAUUUUUUUAACUUUUUCAGUUUUUUGUUAAUAAAUCACAUGGACGAUAUCUCAGAACUGGAUGUUGAGUAAAAAAUGAAAGUAUUUCUUGGCCAUCAAUUCAAAAUACAUGCCAAAUCUGUCUAUUUCUUUCAAGAUAUGGCAAAAAGUUGAUAUCAAAGUUCAAGCCAAAUUUAUGUUUUACUUCAAAGUUCGUGCCAAAUAGAGUAUUUGUUUCUAACCUCUACCACAAUAUUAUAUGUGGUAAAAAAUACCUUAAUUAACAUUUUUUUCUCAAAAUAUACUAAAGUUGAUAUCAUUUCGUAGAACAUAAUUAAUAUGAACUAUUAUGAUUUUUUUAAAAAUAGUUAAAAUAUCGUCUUGAAAUUGGAGAAUUAAUUAUCAUUUUCAAUUUUUUUUUGUUUUUUGUUUUUGCAAGUGAAAAUGGAGUCUGAAAACAUGUUUAGUUAUAUUUUUAUUUAUUGUUAUGUCAAUAUGAGUUGGCAACACAACAUAAAUUAACUAAAUUAUGUGAAAUCACUUUAAGUAGCUUCCUUGUUUUUUUUAUAACCAUAAAUAACUUGUAUUACCAAGAAUAAUAGAUCGAACGAAUACAACUCCAUAUGGUGCCAAGCACAAAAAUCAAAACCAUGUACAUCACUAGAUGACAAUGUGAGAUCUUUUCGUGUCACCAAAUGGGUCACUCUAUUAUUUUGUCUUCCAAUGAACUGUACUACCACCCCUGGAUAUUCUUGCCUCAACGCCAAAAAUUCACGCAGAAUGGCCUCACCAUUAGCAUCACUCUCAGCAUUGACUUUGUCGAUAAUCACCUUAGCAUCUCCACAAAUUAACACCGAAGUGAAGCCUUUAUCCACGCACCAAUAGAAGGCUUCCCGCAAGGCCACCAACUUCAUCAAAGCGCGUUCAUAAAUCCCUUGAAGUCACUUCCCCUUAGCCAAAAUCACCACACCUGAGGCAUCCUGAAUGACCCACCCGACAGUCGCAUGGGAACCCCUGCAUAAGGCUCCAUCGAAAGAACAAACCAUCCCAUCAGGCGAAGCCAUAUUGAUUGGCACAUCAACCUGAUCCUAACUACCACGAGUUUCCUGGACCACCCUUGAUGCAACACCCAGCCAUUCCUGAAUCUGAUGAUUAAGCUGAUGAUGCAAUUCCACCAACUGGACUUGGUUGAAUUCAAAGACGACCCCAUUUUGAGCUUUCCAUACAUGCCACAAAACUGUCACAAUCUUACAGAUCAACUAGAUCAAAGAAGAUCUCUCGAACAUUCGACGCAAGAAAAAGACAAAAUUAGUGGAAUCCAUCAAGUAACGCCUCUGUAGUUGGCAGGAUAAGGGUAAGGAUAUGCCAAAUAAAGAACUCUAACUUAGGCGGAAUAUCAAGCGAUCAAAUACUCUUACAAAACCCACGAUCCAUCCGUCUCACUUUUCUAGUGCACGAUUCUGAUCGAAGGAAAAAUGGUAAUCGGACUUCACCGAAUAAACCCCUAAAGGGUCAUGCAACUAAACUAACCUAUCCUCUACUGCUAUGCGAAUCAGAGGGAUGCUUGGUGUGAUGUUUGUGUGGUUGCUUGUUAAACUGCCAUCAGGACGACCAAUUGGGCUAUGUUCGACCAGAACCGAGAUCCAAAGCAGUCUUUCAGAAAGCUGAUUGUCUGGCUGCUAGAGAGAGUGAGAAAUGCAGAGGGGAAGGGGGCGGGAGAAGAAGGGGGAGGGAGCAGGGAAAGUGGAGACUGGGGAGAGAGGAAAGUGGAUGAUGUGUGUCUGUGGGGACUAGAUAUGACUUUUUUAUGAGAGGUAAGGUUUGCAGCCAUUAAAAUUUUAAAUUACUUCAUGUUUGUACCAUCUAGCUUAGGACACAAACAAUGAUUCGUUGUUGAUAUGAGACUUGACUUACGAUACGCUUGUUUGAUCUCUUCGGGAGAAAGAGAAACUAUGAAAAGACGUAGAUGCCUCCCGCAUUAUACUCCAACGAUCAAGUCAAUAUAUUGUAGAGAGAUAUGCGAGAAAGUCUAGAGAUAGAUGAUUCGGGCCCAAAUGUACACAUUUUACCCCUCAUUUCUUAUUCGUUUGGCUUAGUAUUUCAUCAUUCCUUGACAUAUUUCAUGCUAGAUUAUGCUUGUUUUGAUACAUUUCAGGUCCUAGCACGGGUGGAAGGGUCAAGGACGAGUUUUGGGAUAAUUGGAGGUAAAAAAGCGCAAAAACUGAAGAAAAGUCCGAAAUCACCAUGACAAUUGCCCCGUAAUAGUGAAUUGAAGGCGCCCACGAAAUAGUCGUAGGUCACGACCGGACAAGGUAGUCCACGGUCUCCUAAGAUCGUGAACAUGGACCACAAACCGUGAACAUCGAGCAGUCCAACGAGGUUCCAGAAGUUACUGACGACAAGGCAGUUCACGGUCCACGGUCUCUAAGACCGUGAACUAGGGCCAUUGACCGUGAACCCAGGAGAGUGAAACAGUGCGUUUUGGACGACACUGAGUUCACGGACGCGUUUAGGUGUUUAUGCCAUGAACUGGCCAACGCGUCCAUGAACUGGUCACUUUCGGGCCAAUAUGAAGACAUCAUCGGGGAGUGAGAAAAGGGAGAGCUAGUUUUUGGAGAAGAAUUGGUUUCUCUCUCUAGGGUUUGCCCAAAAACACCAAAGGGGAGUUCUAGUGUGAGAGAGAGAGAGAGAGAGUGCUAGAGUGAUCUUGGAGCAUCAUUGGAGGCUUGGGUGGAGAUUCAAGCCUAGAAGAAGAAGAUCUUGAGCUCAAAUUUGUAAUCUCUCUCUCUCUCUCUCUCUCUCUCUCUAGAAACUCACUCUUUUCUCUUGGGUGUUGUAGAUCCCUAACUAAUACUUUAUAAUUACUUGUUUAGAUUGAAUGAUUGUCAUUGGGUAUUGUUUAAUUCAAUGAUUAAGGUAGUAUUCAUGUUGAUUGUGCAUGCUUGUGCUUAGCAACCUAAGGAUUGUGCAUGCUUGUGCUUAACAUCCUUAGGUUUGUGCAUGUUGGUGCUUAGCAAUCUAAUUAGCCACUUUAACCUAGAUUAGAGAGGAAAAUCCCCCUUUCAAGGGAGACUCAAUCGAGUUGGUUUUCAUUUAGCUUUUUAAGUCACCUAACUAGGUUAAUUUAGGGCAAACCUCAAUGUUGAAUUAAGCAAAUUGGUUAAGCGCGAUCAAGUCGUCCAACCCUUGAGUUGAGUGAGGGAGUAACUCAACCACUGAUUGCCUAAACCGAGAGGGCCGAGUGACACGAACUAUAAUGUAUACCUCGGUAGCAAUCGAGAGUUUGGUCUACGACCAUAUUUGCAUCCCUUUGCGGUUCGCGGUCACCUUGCCCAUAACCAUCGUUGCAAUCCAACGAGUCUUGGUAGCUAGUUAGGGGGAAGCAACUCCUGGGUGAAGCUCCCUUAGUUCGAAUUUUCCUUUAUUUACUUUUCUUUGCUUGUUUAGUUUGUAGUUCCAUUAGUUAUAAACCCAAAAGUUGUUUGCUAGAUAAUAACCUAAGAGAUUGAAGUAGGGGUACAUGGAUCGGCCCGGGUCGACAAUUUAAAUACUUGCUCUAUACUGCACCCGACUAGAGUUUAAAAACUUGGACUCUAGUCGGGAUUAAUUUGUGGUGUAGUUUCGUGCGAGUCAAUAGAACCCCAAAGUGUAAAGUGAGGGUAGAGAAGUUGAUUCCCCUUCCUUGGAGGGAGCCCUUAUAUAGUUGUAGCGGGCGUCAAGUUCCUCGGGUAGGCGGUUACGUGUUACUGUGGGGUGCCACCGGUUGAACGUCACUGUUAUGCGACAUGUUGGGCUUCACGGUUGACACCCAUAGUUGGUGUGCGCAUCACUACUUAGUCACUAGUAACAUCUAUAGUUGGAUGCACCAUUACGUAGUAUGUGUGCGACAGAUUAAUCAACUUUCAGCUGGUGCGCAACUACUUAGUCUGUUCAUGGAAUGGAAGGUUAAGUCACACCCCCAACACUACCUUAUAUGUAUAUAUAUUUAGAAAAUGGAUAAAACGACUCAAAUAGAUUAUACCCCAAUUAUACCAUUAAAGUUUAAGCCGCUUACGAGACCGGCUCAACGAAUUAAACCGGUUUGACAACCUUGGCAAUAGUGGGAAUUUGUAAUCGGGUGUGUUCUAGAUUACGACAACAAAAAUAACAAUAUUUGUACACAAUUUAUAUUAUUCGACUGUUGUGUUUCAUGUUUACGGUCUUACCUUGUCUACCAAUAACGAUAAAGAGUUUUGUGGCACACACUAACCCUGCAUAUUAUAUAAAUAAUUAGUUUUUUUUUCAAAAUGAGUUUCUAAUUGCUUAUUCUGAAUUUACUAAUUCCAAAUUUAGUAUCGAAUUUUCGAUGCUCAAUCGAAAAUCUGUCGACGAACUACGAAACAUUAUCGAGAAUCAAUUAAAUAUUAAUAAAAUUAAUUUUUAUAUAUUUUUAUUUAUAAAUCGCAACUUUAAGUGAAAUCCCGGUAUUGCUUCGUAGGUUCCGGAUCUGCUUCUCAUUAUGUGCGCGCUCAAAUGGAUAUUGCGUCAGAUGCGAGGAAGGUAAAGUAAUAUUAGGAAGCGGAAUUACGACAGAGGAAGGCGGAAAGAGAUGGACAUGAAAGUUGAAGAAAAUUCACUAGAAAGAAUCUAAUCUCUCACUAGUGUACAGUUUGGCACAGCUCAACUCUUAACCAAGACAAUCUUCCUCUACAGCAAUCGUAUCUUUAAGCUAAGUCAAGCUCAAGUUGACCCUUUAGCUCUCCCAAAAAGAAGAGAACCGAAAGUCUCUCAUUUCUCCCACCAACCGCCUAAGCCCUCUACGGCUCUACCGAACAGAAAGAGGGUUUGGUCACAAGUCAUCUCUCAAUCUUCCCUCUCAGAUCCGAAGCAAUUCCCAACUCAACGACCCAGUUGUUAUUGAACUAUACAGUGAACUGGGUCUUUGAUUUUUAUCGAGCUGGUCAACGAGUUCACCGCUCAGAUUCCCAUGGUUCGAUUUUGUCCAGGUAAGUUGCUCUAUUCGUUGUUUGGCUUGACUGGGUUUUGCGGGAUUUAGCAGUCGUCAAUGUAUGGUGUGAUAGUGUUGAACUGUAUUGCUUGUCUUUCCAUCCUCUUCGAUUUUUCUUUACUUCUUUUAGAGAAUUGAAAUGCGGGUUUGGAUGGCCAGGCAAGUAAUUGAUGGCUUUGGUAGCUUUGGUAGCCUUAAAUUUUGGCUGCCCGGGACGAUGAUCCCGAAGAUAUUAAAUAUAUGAAAAUUCGUUUUAUGUUGGCACUCGAUUUGUAUUUAGUGAUGGUUGAUGAUGCACCAAUCACGAGCGUGUUAAUUUUAUCAUUAUCUGUUUUUCCAAGGUUGAUCACUGCUCCUUUGGCCAUUCUUAAUUAUUAGAUUUUGUUGUGAAAUAUGUGCGGUUGGGUUCAUUUGGAUUUCCUUUGGAUCUCCAUAGGUUGUUGCAUUAUGUUAAUCGCAGCAUUGUCUUGAAGAUAAGAAGUGGUGGAAAGAGAUAGUUAACAAGAUGAGGAUGAGGAACAAAUGCAGGAAACCAACUUCUGUUGCUUUCCCUUGCAAUGCAGGAGGGAGCAGAUGCUCAUUAUCAGUCCUGGUUUGGAGUUUAGUUGGGUUGCUUCUUUUCCUUCAUCUCUACUCCUCGCUUAUGGCCCGCAACAAUGGUGGUGGUAAAGUUGCACAUGUCCAAUUCCGUGCAAUUCAUCACAAGCUCUUCCGUGAACUUGAGGAAGUGGAAGAAGAGAAUAUACAGAUUCCUCCACCAAGGGGGAAGAGAUCCCCACGGGCUACAAAACGAAGGCCUAAUAAAAAGACAACCACCCUGAUUGAUGAGUUCCUAGAUGAAAACUCCCAACUCCGACAUGUAUUUUUCCCAGGGAUGAAGACUGCUGUGGAUCCUAUGAAGGAUAAUGGCAAUGCGAGCUCGUCCUAUUAUUAUCCUGGGAGGAUUUGGUUGGAUACUGAAGGAAAUCCUAUUCAAGCUCAUGGAGGAGGCAUUUUAUAUGACGAGAGAUCAAACACACAUUAUUGGUAUGGAGAGUAUAAAGAGGGACCCACCUACCAUGCUCACAAAAAAGGAGCCGCCCGGGUUGAUAUCAUUGGAGUUGGCUGUUACUCUUCUAAGGACCUAUGGACAUGGAAGAAUGAGGGCAUUGUACUGCAAGGAGAAGAGACCGAUGAAACCCAUGACCUCUUCAAGGCAAAUGUACUGGAGAGGCCUAAAGUAAUCUACAACGGGAGAACUGGGAAAUACGUUAUGUGGAUGCAUGUCGAUGAUGCCAACUAUACCAAAGCUUCAGUCGGCAUUGCUGUGAGCGAUUAUCCUACUGGUCCUUUUGACUAUCUAGGCAGCAAAAGACCCCAUGGCUAUGACAGCAGAGACAUGACUUUGUUUAAAGACGAUGAUGGCGUAGCAUAUCUUGUGUAUUCUUCCGACGACAACAGCGAACUUCACAUAGGCCCACUUGCAGCAGAUUAUCUCGACGUUACCCCUGUGGUGAGAAGGAUCCUCAUCGGCCAGCACAGGGAAGCUCCAGCACUGUUUAAGCAUGAGGGAACUUACUACAUGAUCACCUCAGGGUGUACUGGCUGGGCUCCAAAUGAGGCUCUGGCACAUGCAGCUGAGUCCAUGAUGGGCCCUUGGGAAACCAUGGGUAACCCAUGCGUUGGUGGGAACAAACUGUUCCGCCUUGCGACAUUCUUUUCUCAAAGCACGUUCGUGAUUCCGAUAAGGGGGCUUCCCGGUUCUUUCAUUUUCAUGGCGGAUAGGUGGAAUCCAGCUGAUCUAAGGGACUCCAGGUACGUGUGGCUACCCUUGAUAGUCGGAGGGCCUGCUGAUCAACCACUUGACUACAACUUUGGGUUCCCUUUGUGGUCGAGAGUGUCAAUCUAUUGGCACAGGAAGUGGCGACUGCCCACUGGUUUGAGUGAGUUGAAAUGACGGCCUUAAUACUUCCUCCUGUAUCAUAUCUACUGUUUGAUCUUGGGUUUUCUUCUUUCUGUCUAUUCAUUUUUUCCCCGUUCAACUGGGUUCACUGUUUUGUAACUUCUCAUAUCAGGAUCCUGCUUUAGUCAUAGAGAUAAAAUAACUCCCCCUGUUUAGAGAUCAUGUUAAUAGCAUUAGGGUGUAAGGCGAGAAACACCGUGGAGAAAUGCAUGAUGUAUGUAGCAGGGUACAGAUAAAUUUCAUGGUAUUUCUUUUUACCUGUGUUUGAGGGCCCUGGAUGCUGCGAAUUUGAGCAUGAUUGAUGACUGUGGUAUAUCUACUUGCUGGUUUUGCUCUCUUUAUGAAACCUGUAUCUGUGCUUGCUUUGUCUUCUAGCGACCCUUAAGUGAAGCCCCGACAUCGCAAACUAUGGAGCUGAAAAGGUUGGAUUUCUGAAGGGUUUGGGAUAUCUAGGAGGGUCUCUCUACUUUGAACCUCGGCGGAUACGGGUCAGUGAAUGAGGUUACCCUUUCCAGCCUUGCCCAGGUAGACAGACAGACACUGAGGUCGGCUUUCUUUUGCUUUCUUUCUCUGUUUCCGGAAAGAGAGGCUUUUCCAGACAUCCUUUUGACUGAUAAUAGCCAUGUCAAAAGCGAGAUAGAGAAAGGAAGCUCAUUGUUGGUGCCUGGUGGUUGGUGCUAAUAGGCCUAAAUCACUGAGACUCUUCUCUGUAAGAUAUCAUUGCCUGUGUCUAAAGCCUUUUGGGAAGGAUUGGCAUGUUUGCGGAGAUUUGGAGGGCCAUGAUGAACAAGAGAACGAUUGGUAAAGUUGAUUAAAGAUGCCUUAAUUUG